AGUCACAGUGCCCACCACCAGACCACGUACCACAUGGGUUCUUCGAGGUGGCCAACUUCCGGGGAGUAUAUGGCCUGGGUACGGUGGCCACAUACAUCUGUAACCCUGGGUACAUCCUACUGGGCAACACCAGCCGCACCUGUGACCACACUGGCCACUGGACCAACCAGUCUCCAGUCUGCCAAGGAGUGACAUGUGGACCUCCUCCAGUCUUCCCACAUGCUAGACACACACUCAUCAACGGCUCCACAAGCUGGAAUGGUAUUGCUGUCUACACCUGCAGUGAUGGUUACAGGCUCCACAGAGAUACGGGUGACACGGUGACAACAUGUAUGGACACGGGUGUCUGGCGUUUGAUCAAUGUGACAUGUGUGGAGAUUGAGAUGCCACUGUCCCCUAUAGCAGGUGUGAGACGAGGCGAGGGUCGUGCUCUUACAUACGACCUACCUCAUACCCCUGCAGAAUCUCAGGGGACCCAGGGUCUGGUUGUGGCCCUGGCAGUUGUAGCAGGCCUCCUGACAGCUGCGAUGCUGGUAGUCGGGACCCUACUGGCUAGACGACACCUAAUUUCUAGCCCUGGUUCUCUCCGUUCACUGGUUAGAUCGACUCCUACUAAGGACUCUACGCUGUACGGUGUUAUGGUGGGUCCCCGACACCAUGAUGUGUCAGCAGCUGUCAGUAGCAGCAGUGUCGUAGCUGUCACUGAUGGUCCCAUUGUAGGCAGUGUUGUACCAGUGGAACCAGGUGUAAGAUCAACAUUGUAUCAGCAGAAUAUCUUGGCGAACUUACCUUUACGACCAGAUGACCAAGUGACCUCAAUCACAGAGUCAGAGUUUGACGACGAUCCGAACUACGCUCACAUAAACGGCCAGGAACCUCCAUAUGAACGUGUCAGGUCACGCUCUGAACAUAGCUAUGAAACGCUACGCAAGAAGUCUGUCAUUUCAGAAUUUGGAAGUGAAUCUGGAAGUGUGAGAGAAGUAGGUGACAAGGACAGCAUUGGCUAUGAGUCUGUGAAGGAAAAUAAGAGCCAUGAUGCAGGAUAUGAAGUAGUCAAGGAGAAGGAUCAUGAUUAUGAAACACUCAAGGAUAAAGAUCCCAAUUAUGAGACGGUCCAAGACUCUCCGGAUCAUGGCUAUGAGACAGUGAAGGAAUCAGGGCCUCACCACGGCUAUGAGACCCUCAAGCCAAAGCCUCCACCACCCAGAAUAGGAAUGCAGUCUUCCAUUCCCACUGACAGUGAAGAAAAUGUCCCCGAUAUCCUACAAAACCUGGAAAGUGAUGCCCCGAUGCCAGAUGUGCCUCCUGAGAUCCUAGCCAUGUAUGCCCGUGUGGAUAAGAGUAAAAAACGUCGGCGUAUAGAUGCCACGAAUGAUUCCGAGAAGCCCAAGGGCAUUAAUGCUUGUUCACCAGUGCCACCCACACCACCACACUCACCUCUAAGCUCCAGCACCAGCAGCACCACCAGCAUCAGUGAUCCCCCAACGGAUAUCAGCUAUGUUAGUGAGGGUCCUCCGGGAUCCUAUGUUGCCAAGGAUCUCAUUCGAAAAUUCAACCGGCUGACUAGUGAAGAGGAGAUAUGUCCACGACCCCGCAGCAGACAAGGGAGUAUUGCUAGUGAUACAGGCAGUCUGCGUCCUCUCCCACCACUUCCCAAAGAUGCAUCAAUAACCUUGCAACAUACAAUAGACAAUUGUUAGUGACACAGGCAGUCUGUAGUAUCGUCCACCAUUUCCCAAAGAUGUGUCAUCACCCUUGCAACAUGCUGGCAGUCUGUAGCAUCUUCCACCAUUUGCCAAUGCAUUGACAUAGUAGCUCUCAAGACUACAGUGUGGUGACCCUUCAGUGGGGUGGAAAACUUACCAUCACUUUCAAUAGUUGGACCAGUAAGCCAGUGAAAGAUCUGUCAUAUGACUGAAAACUCUACUCUGUCAGUUAUCAUAGAACUACAUCAGGAAAUAUUUUCAUAUCAAACAAAGAUGUAAAACAAGAAAAGUGAUAGACACUGAAGUAAUGUGUUUAUUGAUAUGUUGUACCUGUGAGUGCCCAUUAUUAAGUACGUACAUAGAACAAUGUGGAAGAACUUUAACUUACAUAGAGCCUCCAAGGCAGGUGAUCCGCUAUAACUUUAAAGAUAGGCUGAGCAAAUGUAUGACAAGGCUUGGAUUUGAGUAAGACCUGCCUAGAAUGGGCCACUUAAUGUUUAAAUAAGCUGAGCAGUUGCACUGCAAGAAGUCUACUGGCCUAUGCUAGAUUUUCUUUGUUUCAAUAUAUGUGAUGUGGGAGUUGCCAGAGUGAAUACCAGACCACCUGCCUUAGAGGCUCUGUAUAAGCUGUAUUAUUAUUAUUAUUAUUAUUAUAAACAUAACUAAGUACUAAACCCAUAAGGGUGAUAUAUAUGUAUAUUAUAUGUUUACCUGGAGAGAGUUCCGGGGGUCAACACCCCCGCGGUCCGGUCUGUGACCAGGCCUCCUGGUGGAUCAGAGCCUGAUCAACCAGGCUGUUACUACUGGCUGCACGCAAUCCAACAUACGAGCCACAGCCCAGCUGGUCAGGUACCGACUUUAGGUGCUUGUCCAGUGCCAGCUUGAAGACAGCCAGGGGUCUAUUGGUAAUCCCCCUUGUGUAUGCUGGGAGGCAGCUGAACAGUCUCGGACCCCUGACACUUAUUGUAUUGUCUCUUAACGUGCUAGUGACACCCCUGCUUUUCAUAGAGGGGAUGUUGCAUCGUCUGCCGAGUCUUUUGCUUUCGUUGUGAGUGGUGCAAGUAUGUAAAGCAUAAUUUUUUCCUCAUUGUUCUAUAUAUUUGAUAAUGGACACUAGUAGGUACAGUGUACUAAUGAACACAUCACUGAGAUAUAUGUAUAUAUACUAGAUAUUUUUUAUAUAUAUCAUGACAAAAUAUCACUGCCUAAUAAUGUCAAACUGUUUAUUAUAACCUCAUCUUCAGCCAGGAUUGGCAGUGAUAAACUACCAAUGAUAACAAAUAUGUAAUAGCAUCGCAUUCCAACAUUGGGAUUUUCAAGUCGAUGUGGGAAACAACAGCUUAGUCCACCGGGAGUGACACCACUUGUUCAGGUGUCAUCCACUUAUAAUAAUAAUAAUAAUAAUAAUAAUAAUAAUAAUAAUAAUAAUAAUAAUAAUAAUAAUAAUAUUUAUUUCUACAUGUACAAGGUACAUGCAUGUUCAUUUUGGGCAGGAACAAGGGCCAGUAGGCCUCCUGCAGUGCACACUGCAAAAAUUCUACUCAUACCACAAGCACAUUACACCUAAAUAAAUGAUGCCAUUCCCUGUGGAAAAAGCCAAUGAUGUUUUUCAGGUCUGCUAUGUACCUGAAAAGGCCCAGUGUCGGGUAACACUGCUUAAGUACAGGUCUUGACUACCAUCAUAUAUCAGCUACCAGAGUGAAACAGCACCACCUCUAUACUACGAUACUCACAGUAUUAAUGUAUAUAUUAACCUUAGCACUUGAGUCUUAGAAUUAUCCCAAUCCAUUCCAUAUUCAUGCUAACUUUAACUAUCUUGAAGCCUCUCUGCUCUCUCUGUUAGUUUAAUAUCUCUGUUAUUCACCCUAUACCCAUGCUGUAGACGGUAGUCAAAAGAUUACAGAGGCACAUAAUAAUAAUAUAAUAUAAUAAUAAUAAUAAUCUUUAUUUCUACAAGUACGAUACAACUUGUACAGGUCUAGCUGACAUCAAUGACAUACUACUAUAUAGAAAGGCCUUUGUUAUGCAGAGCAUUUUGGGCAAUUUAGGUCAAUAUUGUCCCAGGAUGCAACCCACACCAGUUGGCUAACAUCCAAGUACACCUACUUACUACUAGGUGAACAUGGACAGCAGGUGUAAGGUGACUAACACCCAAGUAUCUUCUUACUGCUUGGUAACAUGGACAACAUCGUGUCUUAAGGAAACACGUCGUAAUGUUUCCACCCAUACCGGGGAUUGAACCCUGGACCUCAGUGAUCAUGCCCAGUUAUGGGCAUGAUUAUAACAGUCAUAGUAUAGCACUAAACUAGCCCUGGUUGACACACAUCAAACGUGCUUGCAAAAUGAAUUAGGAUUCCCAGAUAGACAUAAAAUUCUAUUUUAUAUUUUUAUACCCUUACAAAACAGUAAUUAUUGUGGAUAUUUUAUGUACAGUUGUGUAUACAUUCUGUAAAUAUAUUGUACCGAGUUUUUGAAAUACGAGAAUUUAAGAAAAUAAGAAUUUUGAUAUAUAAUUAGUUUUCUGAGAUGUUGUUUACUUACAGGUGUAUAUACGAUAGCUGUGGAUUUAUGUAUAGUACAUAGACGUAUAUGUGAGUGAUUUGCAUACGUGUAUAUAUCUAAAGGGUAUCUCCUAGUGUAUAUAUACUAACGGAUGUGUAUCUGUAUAUACACAAUUGUAUAUCUCUGUUAAUACUUCCAAAGGUGUAUAUCCCCUAGUGUAUAUGCACUGAUAGAUAUGUGUCAGUAUAUAUAAACUGAUGAGUAUAUAUCAAUAUACACUGGUGGGUAUGUAUCAAUGUAUAUACCCAGUUGUGCAUCUCUAUACUGAGAGAUAAACACCUGAAUAUACCUGAGCUUAUAUUAAUCCCUUUUUUAAGGAUUAACAAAUUCUUGAUUAGACGUGCACAGGUUAACCGCAGCCUUAAUGGCCUUCAUGCAGUAGAUAGGCUUUAAACCCAGUGACCUACAUAACCAAAGACAGUAAUAAGGUGUGUAUAUAUCUGUGUAUACAACUAAAGUAUAGAGUAAUCCCUGUUUUAGGGAGUAAAAUGAUCUUGACGUCAGUAUGCACAGGCAGUCUUUAAAGCAAGCAAACUGACCUGCAAAGACAAUCUUUUUCUUUUUUAAAAUAAAUUUUGAUUUCCUAUAAAAGCAACAAACAUUAUUUACCAAAUUUAUAUCGUUUAAAUUUUACGGAAAAGCAAAAUUUAUGUAGUUUUUGAUUGAAAACCAUAUAUUAAUUUUUGCCUGUGGUAUUAUGAAAGCAGUAAAUUGAUGUAUUGUGGUCCUACCUACAAAUACAAAAUACAAAUAAUCUAUUUCUUUUCCGUAGUAAACAGAUAAUGUAGUUCAUGUAAGAUAAUAGUGUUAGGCAGAAAUGAAAGCCACUAGCAGGCUGUGCACUUCAGGCACCUCUGAUGAUAUUUUUGGUGAAACAUGCAUACAGUAGGCAUAUGUAUGAUCAAAAGCAUGUAUAAUCAUAUACGUACAUGUGUAUUUUGGUAUUGUUUGUAAUGAAUACAUAAUAAACACAGAAGUUAAGUUAGGUUAAUAUCUUUAUUAUGCUCCCCAUAUGCAUAAUGUGGGAGGUAGUCAAAAGAUUACAGAAGCACAUAAUGGGUCCAGGGACUGUACCUUAACAUUACAGAGGCACAUAAUAGGUUCAGGGACUGGACCUCAACAUUACAAACCCACAUAAUGGAUCCAGGGAGUGUACUCAACAUUACAGAGCCACAUAAUGGGUUCAGGGACUGUAUCUCAAUAUUACAGAGGCAUAUAAUGGGUCCAGGGAUUGUACCUCAACAUUACAGAGCCACAUAAUGGGUCCAGGGACUGUACACCAACAUUACAAAGCCACAUAAUGGAUCACAGGGACUGUACUCAACAUUACAGAGCCACAUAAUGGGUCCAUGGACUGUACCUCAACAUUAGAGCCACAUAAUGGGUUCAGGGACUGUAUCUCAACAUUACAGAGGCAUAUAAUGGGUCCAGGGAUUGUACCUCAACAUUACAGAGCCACAUAAUGGGUCCAGGGACUGUACAUCAACAUUACAAAGCCACAUAAUGGAUCACAGGGACUGUACUCAACAUUAUAGAGCCACAUAAUGGGUCCAUGGACUGUACCUCAACAUUAGAGCCACAUAAUGGGUUCAGGGACUGUAUCUCAACAUUACAGAGCCACAUAAUGGGUCCAGGAACUGCACCUUGACAUUAGAGCCACAUAAUGGGUCCAGGGACUGUACCUUGACAUUAGAGCCACAUAAUGGGCCCAGGGACUGUACCUCGACAUUAGAGCCACAUAAUGGGUCCAGGAACUGGGCCACAAAGUUUUGAUAGCUGAACAAGUUACAGUGGUAAUGAACCAUUUAGUACACAUUUGUAUCUGGUUAUGAUCACAAUGAUUAUUUAUGCAGUCAAGAAUUAGCUAAGAAUGGAAAUAAAUCAGUGACUGUAACAGGUUAUCAUAGGUUAUUUCUACAUCACUGCACAUUUUAUGUAUCCAGAUCAUCCGUUUGCCAUCAAGACCACUGUAAAAUAAUUUGACUGUUUUAUACCCAAAGCCUAAAUAAAAGCUUAACUGUACCAAACCUCACACUGUAUCAUACAGUCAGGAAUUUGUAAAUAUAUUCUAUAUUAUACAGUAUUUAACCUGGCUUCCCUCCCCUGCCUUGUAUCAAACCUGAUUGUCUUCUGUUCACCUAGGCACUCUAUGACUUUAAUAAUAAUAAUAAUAAUAAUAAUAAUAAUAAUAAUAUUGACCUGACUGAAUUUUUUUUUAACUUGCCUGGUUUUAAUUACCAUUCUUUUAUUUUAUUAUAUUUAGUGUUGCUGUACAUAAACUCUUUCAUUAUUAUUGUUUAAAGUCAAAAAUUAUUGCUAUAUAUUAUGUAUUUAUUUAUAUUUCACCAGCCUUAAAUUUCCAUGUAAAUAUAUAACUCUUAAAAUAUUACAUUAUUCUAUAGCAAGAGAGUUCUGACUGAGAGUUUUUCCUGUACAGUUAGUUUAAGUCAUGAUUUAUAUUGUGAAAUUAUUUUGAAGGUCAAUUUAUGUAUGGAAAGUAUGAAUUUUGUCAUUAUUGAAUGCAUUUGUCAAAGUCAGAUUUAUUUCUACACGAUAUAAUGUCUGUACAGAAUAUGGACGACAUUUGGUUGUGCCUGCAGAAAGCCCGUGGUUAUGCCAAGCAUUUGAUGUUUUUAGACUAAUGCCUAGCUCCAGCAUUGUUCAUUAUUUUUAUUGACAGAAUUUACUACGUAUCAGAGGGUCACCAGUACACACAGUAGUGCGGGGUAAAUGUGGAGGCAUCCUGCCCUUAGCAGGUGUGGGGCCUGGAAUGGUGUCCUGGUUGUCUCCUCUGCCAACACCAUCACUGCUACCAUAGCCAGGGAAUAUACCUGGAUGUGCGUCUGUGUGUGACCAGCCGGGCUGUGGUUGGUAUGAUGGUUUUGUGUUGCCAGUAGUAACAGCCUGGUUGAUUAGGUCCUGAUCCACCACGAGGCCUGAUCAUAAACUGGGCAUGGGGACGUUGGCCCCAAAACAUCCUGCAGGUAUACUGUCAUUUUGGUGGGCAACAUGCUGUUUGACCCUGUCCUGCCGAGCCCGACCUGUCAUUAACCACUGAGAUCAAUAUUGCUGUCUAGCCUCGGCUAUUUUCACUAUAAUCUUUCCUCUCCCCUACUAUUCUCCUAGCCUCACUUCCCACUCACCCUCAUGGGUCUUAACCCGAGAGUCAGUCUAGUCUAGUAUAGGCAUACACAGUGAGAGGUGUAUGUCUCCUGGUGUAUAUACAUUGAGAGUUUAAUGACUAUUUUAGGAAUUAAAGUACAUAUUCUGGUCUGGACUGGUAGUGAACAAGUGACAAGCAGCUUUAAUGGCCUCGUGUAUCGUUAAGCUUUACGCCUAAUUGACCAAACAACCAUCAGAGUCCCACAGAGAAAAACAAUUGAGUGAAUUUAUGGGAAAGUCUAAUUUGUAUAUUAAUUGCAUAGAUUUAAUUUUAUGAGAAAUACAGCAGUAUGACAGUUAGCUCUUCCAUGGCUUGUAAGAUGUCUAGCUAAAAUUAUUUGCAUAAUAAAACUUACAUGAGGAAUAUUAUACAAGAUAAUGCAAGUUUUGAAUAUCUAUUACAUAUACAACAACUGCUCUGUUGGAAAAGAUGGUUAACCUCAAUAAGCUCAAAAAAGUGUUUAGUUUUGUUUAGUUUCUUAACCUUGUGGAAAUACAAAACAUUUGCUAUGUAAGUUCAAACUCACUUCUUUUCCGGUGGCCUGGUGGCUAAAGCUUCCCGCUUCACACACGGAGGGCCCAGGUUCGAUUCCCGGCGGGUGGAAACAUUCCGACACGUUUCCUUACACCUGUUGUCCUGUUCACCUAGCAGCAAAUAGGUACCUGGGUGUUAGUCGACUGGUGUGGGUCGCAUCCUGGGGGACAAGAUUAAGGACCCCAAUGGAAAUAAGUUAGACAGUCCUCGAUGACGCACUGACUUUCUUGGGUUAUCCUGGGUGGCUAACCCUCCGGGGUUAAAAAUCCGAAUCGAAAUCUUAUCUUAUCUUAUCUUAUCUUAUACAGUAGUCCUCCCAUAUCCGUGGGGGAUACAUUCCAAGACCUACCGUGGAUACCCAAAACCGAUGGAUUCAAAUUCAAAGUUUAUUCUCUAUAAGGAUUACAAUGCUGAGUUUACAGAAAUUUGGUUAUUGGUUGGUUUACAACCAAACCCUAUAUUUAAGUUGCUUUUUGUUUAUAUACAUAACUAUAACAAACUUUAAUUGGUAAAUUAUGCACAAGAAGUCGAGAAUCCGCACUUUUUUUUUACUGAUGGGAAGCACUUUAUGGCUUUUCUUAGGCUUUGAAGAACUGCCACCAUCACUACUGUUGCACUUUGGGGUCAUUAUUGAGCAAAAUUAAGUGUUAUUUUUGGGCCAUGGAAAACAGUGGAUAACUGAAACUGUGGAAACUGAAUCCAUGGAUAUGGGGUUCCACUGUAUUCAGUAUGUCUUCUAUAACAGGAAUCACUGUAUUAUUAAUGGUAUGCAAUAGUGAGAAUUUGAUUAAUAAGACACAUGUGUAACACUCAAGUAUCUUUAUUUUCAGCAAUAAAGAUACCCGAGUGUUGCACAUGUGUCUUAUUCACCUACUAGAAUCAUGUCAGUUAUGUGCUACAAUGUGCUUAGGUAAAAAACUUGCAAAAUUCCUUUUCGUAUUUUCAACCGUAUAUAACCUACCGUAGAGUUCAUGUGUAAUAUCACUUAUUCUUACAAAAAGUUAACACUAGUUGUUUCAGACCUCUUGUAAUAUGUACAGCCUUUCCCACACUUGAGUACUGAAACACACUCAUGGCAGUACUGUACAUGGCAGUACUGUACAUGGGAGUACUGUACAUGGCAGUACUGUACAUGGCAGUACUGUACGUGGCAGUACUGUACAUGGCAGUACUGUACAUGGCAGUACUGUAUAUGGCAGUACUGUACAUGGCAGUACUGUACAUGGCAGUACUGUACAUGGCAGUACUGUACAUGGCAGUACUGU